GCAACCGAUGAGGGGGUACUUCUGGUCGAGGCGAAUACUGUUUCCAAUCCCCACACAUUGUCACAGCCGCAGGAAAACGAACGCGCUCGUGACGUCGUCAACGACGCUCAAACCCAUUGCAUCAUCAUUUUGCUCAUGGUGAGCCGUCGAAAGGUCAAGAUCAGGCUAACGACCAAUCACUUGAUCCCCACAAUCAGCCGAAACGGAUCACGAGGGACUAAACAAACGAAAGAAGUCAGGACUUCCGAGUGGGCGCGCUACUGCGAACAAAUUUGUCGCUGCGUUACAUUAAAAAGACAAAAAAAAGAGAUGAUGAUGCAACUAUGACCUUCAGAGCACUAAGUAGUGUGACAAAGUGUGGGGGAUAUGGAUCAAGAUAGAGGGCAGAUAAUAUCCUCCCAAAUAGCCAGUUUUUUUCUGUAAUAUAGGGAUUGCAGUCCAACUGUGCAAUCGUGCACAGUUUUGACAGAUGCCUUCAGGUUUUCAACAAGUCACGCAAACUGCAGGGUAUAAUUUUUGCUCAUGGGACGUGGUCCAUUGUCACUGUGCGAAAGGCAGCUGAAGUGAAGGGGUUGACUCGGACGGGAAAAAGAUUGCAGCGAUGGCUCGGUAUAUACUUUGCUUCUUGUCUGCUUUCUUUGCUAGCGCUUCACUUCUGUUGGUUGUGGUGGGGGUGCCAUCAGAGACGGAAAGGCACCAAGUUCUGACGGUAACUCCACGGACAGAGGAUGAUGUUCAGAUGCUACAUCUCCUUCAGACGAAACCAAAUCUUGAGGUUUCUUUCUGGACUUACCCCCGUGCUCCCGGGCAAGGAGUUGAUCUGAUGGUGUCAUCCAGUCACAUAAAACAACUUCGGAAACACCUAGAGAGUGGAAAUUUCACAACAGAGACCAAAAUAGAGAAUGUACAGGAGCUGGCGGAACAGCAGAUGGCAGGUGCAUCUGCACCGAGCGAAAUCUGGGCAGUUGGACUGAAGCCUACCAUGUUCGACUAUGGCAAAUACCAUACCUAUGAAGAGAUUUUAGACUGGACAAGAAACAUCACUGCCGCUUAUCCUAAAAUAACUCGUCUGCAUGAAUUGGGAGUGUCAUUUGAAGGUAGAACCGUCAAUGGAAUCCAGAUCAGCACCGCAAUGAAAGGCAACACACCUAAUGCAACGCUUCGCCCCGCCCUCUACUUCCAAAGCGGCAUGCAUGCAAGAGAGUGGAUUGCACCGGCAACUGUCAUGUUCAUGGCGGCAACUAUGCUGGAUAAAUACGGAAAGGACAAGAAUGUGACGACCAUCCUCGACACGUUCGAUGUGUUUUUUGUUCCGCUGGUGAACCCAGAUGGUUACGUGUAUACCUGGACGUCGGAACCAAAGGCAAGAGGAUGGCGAAAGACUCGAACGAAGAACACCGGAACAAGUUGUGUCGGUUUGGAUCCCAACCGGAACUUUCCUGUCAAAUUUGCCGAAAAAGGUGCGAGUCACAACCCAUGCGAUGAUACCUACUGUGGUCCGUUCCCCUUCUUCGCUGUGGAGGUGCUGAAUGUUGCCAAGUUCUUGAUCUCACAACCUGGGAUUUCCUUCAAGGGUUUCAUCGAUUUCCACAGCUACAGUCAGCUGUGGAUGACGCCGUACGCCUACACGAAAGAACUGCCUCCAGAUUACAAGGUUUUGAUCGAAGGAUGCCAGGAAACGAUUGCAGCGCUAGAGGCGGUAUAUGGAACAGUGUAUAAGUGUGGAUCGAUAGCAAAUAUCAUCAACUACUUGUCUUCUGGAUCAAGUGCUGAUUUCACGUAUGCCAAGCUAAACAUCACAUACUCGUACGGCGUGGAGCUGCGAGACACCGGAAAACACGGUUUCCUACUACCGGCUGAUCAGAUCAUCCCCUCGGGGACAGAGACGCUGGCGGGCCUGGUCACCUACGGCUUGUUCGUCAAGGAAAAACUUCAGCACCCGAUCAAGAACUAAAACAAAGAUUUAAUCUACGUUGUGACAAAUUACAGAUGGGAUUUUGGGAUGGCUUGAAACUUAUACCACGGCAUAAUAAUGAGAAUGGUAUUUCAAUUUUCAAACGCUCUCAGGCCACUGGAAAUUUUCAGUAGGAUAUUUUACAAUUAAGAGUCAUUUUCAUAAAAUUUUAACACUACGAGUUAAUCUGAAUCUUGUUUUAACUGCAUAUAAUGAGUAAGCCGACUAUUUGGGGAAUUACUUUAAAUUUAAUUACUUUGGCAGCACUCUGAAUAAAACGCACAGUUGUAAAGACCGAAAUAAAAUUACAAUGUACUGCGAUAAAAGUGUGAAGUUUGGGACUUAAGCAAGAAAAAAAAAAUUCUCCUAACAGGUUAAGGGCGCUAUGUACUUCUAGUCUGACAUGAUUAGUGACUGUCGUUCAAUUUCGUUUUAACUCAGCAAACAAUGAUGACGCUCUUGAAGCCUAACUUCGUAAAAUUAAACAGUGCUUGCUUUGUUAUUCCGUAAAUAAAGUAUUAAACCGUUAAUUAAUUUUCAAAGAGCGCAUUUUCAAUUCUUCAAAGAUAUCUCAUGAGCACCGAUUAUGAAUAUAUGGCAAUAUUCAAGAGUUCACGCUUCCGACAUGCGUAAUUACACUUUAAUGACAGGUUAGUAUGAUUUGGAUUUAGUGCACUUUCUAAAGAGUUAAACGUUAGGAGAAAUCCAUUGUCAUUACUGAGGAGUGUGUACAGCGUUCUGUGGGCGAAGUCUGUGAAGUUUGGCAACUUUAUUUUAAAACUCGAUAUUUCAUCAAACCAGUUCUUGAUUCUUGAUUGGAAAUAAAUUACAAA